CAUAUUUUAUUUGAUCAGGACCUACGAGACAAGCACAAUGUCUGCGGCUUGUGUCUCAGCAUUGGGUUAUGCGAGAUUCGACUUGCGAGAGGCGCCGGAGGUUCCGAAGUUGUCGACAUCAGUCGCUCGCGCUGCCCGAAUCUAUUCAAGAUCAAGUUGAAGAAUGCACGCAAGUCAACAAAGCACUCGCCUUGUACAAACACCCCGCUUCAUUGCCCGUAUUGCGACAGUGAUGCUGCUCCAGUGUGGAAAUACUCGCUGUCACGUCACAUUGAUAUACUGCACCCAUCAGCGAAUAAGACACGCUUCGAAGAAUUGUGGAGAAUUGACAACGAAGAGAGCACACAAAUAUCAACAAAAUUCAAAAUGAAGGCUCGGAAACGAAAGCAAAUGACAGCGACAUCGAUGCUGCGGAUUUCUGAAGAGCACAGUUCAAGAGUGGCAUUACGACAGUGAGUUUCUGUAUGAAUGAGUCGUGUCUGGAUUGAGUAGACUAAUGAGCACCCGAACAGACAACGGACAACGGACCACUACACCACUGAGUCUGUGGCUGACUCCGAAUCGGCACAAACAUCUCUUGCUCAAUCAUCAUCUGCCAUAUU